AUGGGAGAUGUACCGCCCACUUCGAGUUCACCAGGCGACUACCCAAGCCAGGAGAAUCUGAUUAACUCAUUUCACGGACCCCCUCCCGGCGACGACACCGUGUCCUUCACCCACCCGGCGAACAACCUGGUCUUUCAGCCUCAGUAUCAGCAACGGCAGUUUGAUUCAGUGCACAAUGCUGUGUACCCGGCACAAUACGAUAUGAAUCAAGCUCAAGGCACUGGCCGCGCUGGGCCCUACAACAUGACCGCCAUGGCAAAUGCGCUUCCCCAACCCGGUUUUCGACCUCCCUUCAACCUUCCGGGGCAACAACAGCGUUAUGUCGGGGACCCUCAGCAAAUGUCGUCAGUGGCCCCGUACACUGGACACAACAAUAUGAACACAAUGGCAGCACAGCAAUACUACAUCCCUCAGCAUCCCACAAUGUUGCAAUAUUACAACAAUCAGGUUCCACACUCCCACCAGCAAGCGAAUCUAUCUCCGACACACAACAUGCAGUUUUACCCGAAUCAAGUCAUGAUGAACCAGGCUCAACAGCAGCAGCAUCUCAGCGGUUAUUAUUACCCUCAACCCAACCAGUAUCCUGGUCAGGGCGCCGCCGUGCAGCGGCAGAUGAUGCCCAAUCAGUUUGGCUCUGCUGAUCUUCGUGGGUCGUCGCCAGCAGCGGCCAACGAGCAAUAUGGAGGAGCCAGCUCGCAUGGGCAGUCGGAAGAAUCCCUGGUUAAUCAAUCUAACAUUGUUCGCGGUCCCCCGCGGAAGCCUCGCCAAAGCGGUCAUGCUAUCUGGAUCGGCAACCUGCCCCCGCAAACCAAUUUGAUGAACUUGGUUCAUCACGUCUGCAAAGAAGCGCCCGGACUUGAGUCGUUGUUUCUCAUAUCAAAGAGCAAUUGUGCUUUUGCAAACUUCAAGGACGAGGAAGCCUGCCAAACCGCCCAACAGAAACUGCACGACUCCAAGUUCCAGUCGGUACGACUAGUAAGCCGACUACGCAAAAACACUGUUGAGGGUGUUGCGGGACAAACGGCGCCCACCGGUCCAGCUGCCAUUUCUCCAAGUGUUCAACAAGCACCACCCGACGUCGUUGCUAGUCCGGUGGCGGCUACACCACCACAGCUACUCUCGCCAUCAUCCGUAGAAAAUCCGACAGAAACUAAAAAUGCGCCAGUUGCAGAUGGGACAGCGCAGAAGGACAAGUUCUUCAUAUUGAAGAGUUUAACUGUCGAGGAUCUGGACUUGAGUGUACGCAGUGGGGUAUGGGCCACGCAGUCUCACAAUGAGGAAUCACUCAACAACGCUUUUAAGAGCGCCGACAAUGUAUAUCUAGUCUUUUCUGCUAACAAAUCGGGGGAGUAUUUUGGCUAUGCACGCAUGACGUCACCUAUAAACAACGAUCCGGCAGCGGCCAUUGAAUUUGCGCCCAAAGCACAGACUACAAGUGACCUGGACCUGCCCAAAGCGAUCCCCACCGAAGCUACCGAGCAUUGCCCGCGCGGCAACGUAAUUGACGAUUCAGCACGGGGCACCAUCUUCUGGGAGAUCGAGCGGGAGGAGGGAGACGUGGUAGAAGAAGAAUCAGAUGAUUCUGGCAGUGCUCAAAGUGGUCAAGAUGGCGAGGCCGGCUCAAAAGCAUGGGGAAAACCAUUUAAACUGGAAUGGCUGUCAACUACCCGACUUCCGUUCUACCGGACCCGAGGGCUACGAAACCCGUGGAAUUCCAACAGAGAGGUCAAAAUCGCUCGAGACGGUACUCAAUUAGAGCCAUCUGUUGGCAGGAGACUGGUUGGAUUGUUUAAUCGAGUCCAGAGUCCGGCACCGAUGGUGGCCGGGUACGCAUCCGGACCCCCGAUGCGGCCGGUCUAUCCCCAGUAA